AGAUAGAUAUAUAUAUAUUAUCUAAAAAAUAUGGUAGUAUUUCUAUCCUUAAUUAUUAGUUGGAGCCGGAAAAAUUAAUAAUAGAAAUACAUACAAAAAUUGUCAUAUAUGAUACAAUCAUAUGUGGAUUUUCAUCAGACAACUAUAAAAUGAUCUGUAAUAUUUUUUAUAAUUUGUAAUAUUUAUCCAGGAUAAAAAUGAGAUAUAGAUAAGAAAAUAAUAAAUCAAAGACCAUAUCAUUUUUUCUCAUCUUGAUGCGUAGAUUUUUUAUAUGUUUCCUUCUUACCAUAGAAGUGGUCAGAGAGUUACCAAAUUUGCAUUCAAUCAAGUCAAUAAUUUCGAUUUUCUUACUUCAAAAAUAUGAUCAUUCAGGAUAUAUACAAACAUUAAAAUAGCAGAUAAUCUCAUUUGUUUUGACUAUGAAUAUUUUCCCCAUUUUAUACUGUUUUAUCAAAAUUAUUAAUAGAGCAGUUUCUCCCUCCCGAACAAACACUUUCUUUCUUCUCGAGUAGUCAGUUUCACUCUUCCCGACGAAAAUGACCAGCUCUCAUCUUUUCCUCCUCUGUCUCCUCCUCUCCCUCCUCAAUUUUGCCGCUUCUCAGGACGAUGCGACGAUCAUGCAAUCCUUCAAAUCCUACCUGAACCUCACAUCAGACGUUCACUGGUCGGACCCUGACCCUUGCAAAUGGGACGGCGUCAUAUGCGGCGAAAGCAACCGCAUCACAAGGAUCCUGCUCAGAGAGAAAUGGAUCGCCGGGACUCUCCCUCAGGAUCUCGGGAAACUAUCCAAUCUCGUCGAGGUUGAUCUGCAAGACAACGACUUUUCCGGUCCGAUCCCUGAUCUCUCCGGUUUACAGUAUCUGAGAUUGUUCAAUGUAGAACAUAAUAUGCUCACCGGCGUCGUCCCACCGUCGUUUACCGGUCUCAAAACGCUCAUUGUCGCGAAUUUAAAUAAUAACUACUUUCAAGGACCGACUCCGUUGUUCAAGAACUCAGACGCUUUUGUUCCAAUAUUCAACGGGAAUAGCUUCUGUCUGGAUACUCCUGGUACUCCGUGUGAUCCACGUGUCGAGACCUUGCUAUCUAUAGCUGAGUCCUUUGGAUAUCCGGUGAUGCUAGCCAUGAGCUGGACAGGGAAUGAUCCGUGUGAUAGCUGGACCGGGAUUACUUGUUCCGGAAGUGAUGUUACAAUGGUUAAACUACGGAGGCUUGAGCUCACCGGUACGAUAUCUCCGAGUUUUGCUAAGCUUACUUCUUUGGAAACGAUCGAUCUUUCUAAUAACAACCUCACCGGGAAUAUACCGACAGAGCUUACCACUUUACCUAUGCUUAGGACACUAAAUGUGUCUAUCAACAAUAUCAACGGUGCUGUGCCGACGUUCAGUGCAAGUGUGAACGUGGUAACUAGUGGUAACGCUAACAUCGGAAAGGAUGGACCUGUCUCACACCCACUGGUGGAACUCUUGCAAAAAGUGAAUAAAGAUAAAAAAAUUUGAGA